CAUAAGCCAUCCUGUCACUCAGACUUGACUCUGAAGAGUUGUAUUUGUAGCUCCUGUGUUUGUAGUUUCUUCACACCCUGUAGAUGAGAUGUCAGGGUCUUUGUACGCGUUGUUUGCGGGGUUUAUGGGUGCUGCAGCUUCGCUGUCUGCCAAACUGUCCCUCGGUGCAGACUACAUGAGGGACAUGUGUGAGUCCGGGAUCAGCAGCUGGGCAGAGACACACGGAAGCACUGCAGUCUGUGACUGGCUCCACAUCCCUCUGCGGCUGCUCUGUGCCAUCCUGCUCUUCACCUGUAACGCCGUCAUGUGGACCUUCUUCUCCAAAGCUCUCCGGCACUGCUCGUCUUCAGCCAGAGCCACGGUCACUACCACCGCAUCCAACUUCAUCUCCUCAGCUGUCCUCGGGAGGUUGAUAUUCGGAGAGACCCACGCAGCUCUGUGGUGGGUCGGCAUCUCUCUCACUCUAUGCGGACUUCUGGUGCUUCAUGGAUCCACAUCUCAGUCUCUCCCACAGGAGGAGGGCAAAAAGGACACGUGAUGAAUCUUUGCCUCAUGAAGAGGAUACAGCUGCUGCUACUGAGCCAGAAUCACAAAGAACUGCUGUAUGGAAGCAUUAUACCAGCAUUAUACCAGGUCAUGGAAAAGGGUCUUAAUAUGAUGUGCAUUACUGUGUCCUAAACUAGUUUCUGACACUUUGCACAAGAAGACAUGAGGAGUUUUUCUUUUUUUAAUUUGAUACUAAUGUCUCUAAAUAUCCUCUAAAUGGAAACAAUGCAAUCAGCCUAAUGACUCACUACAGUAUGUUUUAGUUCUUCUGAAUGUUUCUGUCCUGUUUGUAAAAUCAGAGCACCAAGAGUUGUACAGACAGCAGACCAAAGAGACAAUGUUUACACUUUCACAGGUAAGGUUUUGCUGGUGGUUACAUGUGAGCGGGUUAAAGUGAAGCAGCAGAAGAUUUUCUUUAGCAUUCAACACAUCCACAUAAUUCAGAGCAGCAGUUGAGCAUUUUCUCCUUGGUGUUGAUGUGUUGGAAUCAGAAAUAAUGAGAAAGUGUGAGGAUGUGAGCGACUUUGAAGAGGACUAAACUGUGAAGGUUAAACAAACGAGUCAGAGCAUCCUUAAACUGCAGCUCUUGUGGCUUGUUCCUGGUCUGCAGGGAUCAGUAUCUACCUAAAGUGUUCCGAAGAAGGACAACAGGUGAACUGGUGAAAUGGUGAACUGGUGACAGGGACACGAGCAGCCAAGGCUCUCUGAUGUGUGCGGGGAAUAAAGGCUGGAUUGUGUGAUCCAA